AUGUCAGGGAGGAACACCAUGAAACAAGCUUCAAGUUCAGGCAAGAGCAAGAACAAGAACAAGAACAAGAGAAGCAAAGCUGUGGGAUAUGAGAGGUACAUUUACAAGGUUAUGAAAGAAGUGAAUCCAAAGUUGGAAAUAUCAUUAAGAUCAAUGGUUAUAUUGAACCAUUUCAUGCAAGACAUGGCUGAGAAAAUUGUAGAAACAUCAAAAUCAUUGUUGAGGUACUCGGGACGAAGAACGUUAACGUCUAUGGACAUGCAUAGAGCUGUUAAAAUGGAGUUGCCAGGACAACUAGCUAAACAUGCCAUGGCUGAAGGAGCUAAAGCUGUUAUUCGUUUUUCUACUCAUUAA